AUGAGUGGAAAAAUGAACCUGUUCAUGCUAGGCCGUGUGCUCACGGACACCGACACAACUGUAUCGUGGAUUCACUCCAAAGAUCUCCUACCCAACAACAUGAACUGCCCCCGCUGCGGACGUGAACUAAGCGUGAAGCCGUCGCAGCGUACAUUCGGACAAUUCCGAUGUCGGCACGGCCAUGCCCAGUUCUCACAGUCUGUUACUGUGGGAACAUGGUUCGAGAACGUGAGACUCGCACCAGAACAAGUCCUGAUUCUUACGUACUGUUUCGCCAAAAAAAUGACUUUUCAGCAGGCCCUCGACGAGGCCUCCAUAAUUCCGGAGGUAAGUGUAUCGUCAGCUACCGUUGCAGACUGGUACUCGUACUGCCGAGAAGUCUGCACGGACUCGCUGGCCAAUGCACAAACUCAGAAAAUCGGCGGUCCUGGCCACGUUGUGGAAAUCGACGAAUGUAAAAUUGGUCGUCGCAAAUACCAACGUGGCCGUAUCGUCGAAGGGACAUGGAUACUGGGGCUGAUUGACGUUGACACUAAACAACUGUGCCUCGAAAUAUGUCCGGAAAACAAAAGAGACAAGGAGACACUCCUUGCCCUCAUUGACAAGCACGUCGAAAAGGGCACAACCCUUUUCACUGACUGCUGGAAGGGGUACGCCGGUCUGUCAGCAGAAGGUUUCCAGCACAUGACGGUCAACCAUACAUACAACUUUGUUGACCCAGACACCGGCGUGACCACCAACCACAUUGAAUCUCAGUGGAGACCACUACGGCAUAGGUUGGCCAGAGGUGGUGUGACAAGUGAAAACAUGGCACACCACCUCAGUGAGUACCUUUGGAGGACUGACUGUAGCAACAAAAAUGAGCAGCCUUUCGAAAGGCUGCUAAACGACAUCAAGAGUCUCUACAGUCCUCAACAGGGCUCUUAA